AUGUUUUUCAGUGGGAGUGCUUUUUGGGGAAAUUAUCCACCGUUUCCCUUUUCAAUUAUGUUCACUUUCGCUGCCUUCUGCUACAUGCUGUCUCUGGUCCUCUGUGCGUCCCUGAUCUUCUUUGCGAUAUGGCAUAUAACAGCUUUUGAUGAGCUUCAAGCCGACUUCAAGGUGCCGAUUGAUCAGGGCAAUCCACUCCAUGCGAGGGAGAGACUGCGGAACAUUGAGAGGAUCUGCAAUCUGCUGAGGAAGUUGGUGCUACCAGAGUACUCCAUACAUGGGCUCUUCUGUAUCAUGUUCCUGUGUGCCCAGGAGUGGCUGACUGUAGGCCUCAACAUCCCCCUGCUCUUCUACAACACAUGGAGGUACUUCCAUAGCCCAACGGACACUAAGGAGCUGCUGUACGACCCAGCAUCUGUGAUGAAUGGCGACACGCUCAAGUUCUGCCUGAAAGAGGCCUGGUGCAAGCUGUCCUUCUUCGUCCUCUCCUUCUUCUACUAUCUCUAUUGUAUGAUCUACUCCUUGGUUACCUCAUAACAACUGAUCUGUCAGCGCCUGAGAAAAAAAAAAAAAAAAAAAAGAAGGGAAAAAAACUGGAUACAUACACCGCAGACUCGGUCUGGAAUUCAAAGCUUGCACACAAAAAGAAGAAAUUUCAAAUAAAAGAAGAUGAACUCUUUUUAGC